CCGCAUGAUGCACACAUCAUCGGAUGAGCCCAGCCAUGAUUCUUCCCGCUGCAUCUCCAUGGGUUUUGCGACCUCUUCAGGAAAUUCAGGAAAUAGAAUCCGACUGAGUGAACGUUGACACCCUUCUUCGACUCAUCAUGAGGUGCCGUCCGACACGAGGGAUGCUCUUCGAGAAUGCUACCCGCGACGACGUUCCCUUGUGGGCCUGUCUUUCCAUAUUCAAAGCUAUGUCUGUUCGAAUGUAUGGGCAUCGGUCUCAGCACGAAGCGAGCUUCUUCCUUACCGACACAUGAAUUUCAUCUCAGAAAGGCCACCCAUCACUACGGUGCUCCCUUUUUGAAGUCUGUCGACUUGCCUUCAGACAGACGUGGCUUUUUCCAUGUGACUGUGACGGGGCAUGCCUCCGGGAAUACUUGGCCUGAACCCUGUCAAAAGCUGCGUCGUGUCAUAGCUCAUUUGACCUUGCAGACACGACAUCGUAACCCCAUGCAUGACAACGCAAAGGACAGCGUAUGAUUGACUGGCAGACCUGCCGAGUGUUCUCUUGAUGCUUGGGGGCACAUCUGCAGCACACGAUCCUCCAGGAAUGUUACCUUGGGUUGCCCAGGCAAGUGCCGCUGGCGACCCUGACACAGUUGCCAUGCGUCUCCUCUGAAGUAAUACUUUUACAUGUCUCAAAUGUGUCCAAUGACUAGUGCUGCUGGGAGAUAGCGGCCGCUCUUGAAUAGGUUGGUACAUAUUGAGGCGUCAGGGAUUACUUCAAUAGGUUCAUAUGGGCCAGGGCCAUUCACUUCUCUCUAUCGCCGGAAUAUGGCCAUGUCAGCAUGGACAUCGACGAGACGGAGCACAAGAUAUCUGUAUGUUGACAAGGAUGAUAAUCCACUUGCACCAGCCCCGGGAUCAUGUAACCCAGUGUGGGCAACUUACGGAUAGUACCGGCUUGAAUGGAGUAUAUUGGCGCGGUCCCGCCAGAGUGAGAAGCAGUCCGAACCCGAUCUCCAGGGUUGACGUACUGUGCCUGAUCCUUUGAGAAUCGGGACUAGUUGUUCGACUGGUGUUCAGCGUGGCUUCGGACGGAUACGCGGAAGAUGUGCACCUAUUUCAAAGCUUAGCGUUCACACAACCUCAUCGCUGCUAGGCUUCUACAUUUUGCUUACUACAGUAUGCACGUCGUCCCGGAUCUCGGUGCAUAUCAUUGAGAGACGUCCCCACGCUUGUGAAGUUAUGAUUUGCCUUCCCUCGCUGACAGUUCGCUACUGUGACCAAUGGCGGCAGAAGACAUGACAGUCGUCGGGCAUGGAUCUGAAAAUAUGACAUUUCUCAUCCGAAGCUUCAGGACUUUUCCAAGUACAAUCAAG